AUGUCCCCGUCAGACACUAAAGCAUCAGCCUUCCCCGACCAGAAGAGGUCCGCCGACGAAAUGGACAACACCAGCAGCGACGAAGAGAAGCCCGACGUCUCCUCCUACGAUCCCUCCCCUUCUCCGCCUGCGCGCGGCAAGGGUAAGGCAAAGCGUUCCAACAACACCCGCUCGCCCAAGAAAGCCAAGACCACCGAAGCGAAUGGCGAUUGGAGCGCCGACGCACGCGGCACGAUUGUCAAGUAUAUCUUCGACCGUGGGACGAAUGGCCUCAACUACGCGGAGCUGUCUGCUCUGGUACGGCGACUGCCUUUAAGCGGAAAGUGA